AUGUACGAAGGUUAUUCCCUUAAGCAAAUCACGCUGCCGGUUCGCGUGAUGAAAGCGAUGGGGGCUGAACUGCUGCUUUGCUCGAACGCAUCCGGCGGGAUGAAUCCCUUCUACAAAUGCGGUGAUAUCGUACUGAUCGACGAUCACAUCAACUUGAUGGGCGACAACCCGUUGAUUGGAAUCAACGACGAUCGUCUGGGGCCACGUUUUCCUGACAUGUGCGCUCCGUACGAUCACCAGUUGAUCGACAGAGCAUUGGAGAUUGCUCGCAAGGAAGACAUCGUCGCACACCGCGGCGUGUUCGUUGCCGUUGCGGGACCUAACUUGGAAACCCGUGCCGAGUAUCGUUUUCUGCGAGCCAUCGGAGCGGACCUGGUCGGCAUGAGCACCGUGCCGGAAGUGAUCGUGGCGGUGCACUGUGGCCUGCGUACCGUUGGCAUGUCGAUCGUCACCGAUAUGUGCCUUCCCGACGCAUUGAAGCCGGCAGACGUUUCUGAAAUUAUUUCUAUCGCCAACAAAGCCGAGCCGAAGCUGCGUACCUUGGUGAAAGGUGUCCUGACCGAGUUUGUCGAAGAAGUGGCUGCGGCCAUUCGGCGCCGAUGGAACGAGCGGUACUCGCUUGAGACGAUUACCUUGCCGGUUCGUGUGAUGAAGGCGCUGGGGGCCAGCAUUUUGGUCGUCAGCAAUGCCAGCGGCGGCAUGAAUCCGUUUUACAAAAGCGGCGACAUCAUGCUGAUGGAAGACCACAUCAACUUCAUGUGGAGCAAUCCGCUGACCGGCCAUGCCGAUCCCAACCUCGGCAAGCGUUUCCCCGAUAUGUCGAGCCCCUACGAUCGCGGCUUGAUCGAUACCGCGGCACGUAUCGCUCGCCGAGAAGGGAUCACACAUCAUCGAGGCGUUUACGCCGCCAUGACGGGGCCCAAUUACGAAACGCGAAGCGAGUACCGCUUCUUAAAGAAGAUUGGUGCCGAUGUCGUUGGUAUGAGCACCAUACCGGAAGCGAUCGUGGCAUCGCAGGUCGGGCUUCGCGUGCUCGCGCUUUCGACGGUUACGAAUAUCUGUCUUCCGGACAACUUAGGCAGCGUCGGCAAGUACGACGUCAUUCACGCCGCUCAAGCUGCCGAGCCGCGAUUGCGCUACAUCGUGCGAGAAGUUUUGCUGGAAGAGCAGGGGCAGUUGGCUUCCGUCUCGUAG